GAAGACAAGCACUCGUGGGGGUCCCAGCUUUUAAAUAAUUCAGCGAGAGACUCACAGCAGCACUCAGUGCAGAGGAGGAGCACUGUCAGGUCAGCUCAUUCACCGCACAGGAGAGGGCAAGAGGGAAGGAAGUGUGGAUAAAGAUAGCACAAGAAGGGAGGACAUUACUGCGAAAGCGUGGCCAUGCACAUUUGCAUGCCUGUGUCUGUGCGAGUGUGUGUGCAUGCGUGCGUACCUGUGCAACUGUCCAUGUGUGUAUGCAUGAUGCAAGUAAUAUAACAGUCAAGGUGAAACGGGUCGCAUACCUCCUGUGGAUUUUCUGAUUUGUUUUCAUCACCUCGGCAACCGCCUCCUCCCCUCCCUUCUUCCUCCUUCCCGCACUUUGUUGUCUUUUUACGCCCUUCUAUCACUCGUUCCGCAUGGAUCACAUUCUGACUCACCACUGACCUGCUCUGGAAACACCACCUUAUUCAACCUCCUCAUAACGCACAUUUACUAGCUCUGCUCUGAGCAAAAGGACAAGUGAAAAGGGGAAUUAGCUGGAGGACACAACAAAACCAAAUCUUUCUGUGGGGCCAAGAAUUGUGUUUUUAAAAAUUGUAGACUAGUGUAACCCUACUUAAAGUCAAUCAAUAUUCAAUACAUUUUCAGACAUAUUCUUCCCUUUAUUCACAGAUUUGGUAUCAUCUGACACUGUGUGGAUUCAUCAAACACAGUAAAAACUAAGUUUGUUUUUUAUUAAUUUUGCUAGCUAGUUUCAUUUAAGCGUCAACCUAUCACGUGACCGAGACGCGCGCCUUGAUCUGCGUCAAGAGUGACAUGCUGUAGACGGAUGUAACAGGGGAUCCGAUAAUUUUUCAAAAUAAAACAUAUUUCAGAGUUCGAAAUAAAUAAAACGGAAAUAGGGGAAGUUAUUUCUUCUUUCUGUGCGGCCUGGUACCAAAUGAUCCAAGGACUGGUGCCGGUCCGCGGCCCGGUAGUUGGGGUUACACAUUUGAAUGGUUGCCAGCCACUCGCUGAGAGUUUUCCCAUUCAUUUAACAUGCAUGUAUUUGGGACAUUGGCAGAAGCCACAAAACCCAGAGAAUACUUGCAAACUACAUACAUGCAGGCCAAAACUGAGAUUUGAAAUUUUUUUGUUACUUGGCGCGGAUGUACCGAAUGUUUUGUCUGGCGUGGCUGCAUAUUGAACAAGCGACUUUGCGUGAGGAAGGCGUCGUUAGCCGCGCUGCGGAGAGGGAGGGGGCGAGGAACCACAUGCACCCCUUUCCGCCACUCCUCCGCAGACCACUUCCAUCCCUCCCUCCCUCACUCGCUCGCUCCCUCCCCACUCACCCGUCGGAGCACGACCCGCGAGUUGGAGCUCACCUGCGGACCCCAGCGAGACGAUUUCCACGCGUCCUCUCCCCUCUUGGUGGUCCUCCAUCGUCGGCGCAGGAGCUCACCAUGACGUCACGGUGCCAGGUAGCCGCUGAAGGGACGUUUGGGUCGUGAGGAAGAAGAGAAGGAAGAAAGGACGAGAGGAGGGAGAGGAGGAUUCUCCGCGGUCCUCGUUGAACACCUUUCGGGCUGGGGAUGGUGAGGAUGAGGAUGAUGGAGGAAGGCUGGCUGCUGAUGUUGCUGCUGGCGCUGCUCGCCAUUGCGAGAGGGAGCCUCGGGGCUGACACGGAAGAGCGAUUGGUGGAACAUCUCUUGAACCCCGCGCACUACAACAAGCUGAUCCGUCCUGCCACCAACGGCUCCGAGCUGGUGACUGUGCAGCUCAUGGUGUCGCUAGCACAACUCAUUAGCGUGCAUGAACGAGAGCAGGUGAUGACGACAAAUGUCUGGCUGACACAGGAGUGGCAGGACUAUCGCCUGACUUGGGUCCCAGAGGAGUUUGACGGCAUGAUGAAGGUCAGGCUGCCCUCCAAACACAUCUGGCUGCCUGACGUGGUGCUCUACAACAAUGCCGACGGCGUCUACGAGGUGUCGUUCUAUUCCAAUGCGGUGGUCUCCUACGACGGCAGCAUCUUCUGGUUACCGCCGGCCAUCUAUAAGUCAGCCUGCAAGAUCGAGGUCAAACAUUUCCCCUUCGACCAACAGAACUGCACGCUCCGCUUCCGCUCGUGGACCUACGAUCGAACCGAGAUCGACCUGGUGCUUCGCGCCGACGUCGCCAGCAUGGACGACUUCACGCCGAGCGGCGAGUGGGACAUCAUCGCCCUUCCGGGUCGGCGGAACGAGAACCCCGCCGACCCGGCCUACGUGGACAUCACGUAUGACUUUGUCAUCCGUCGUAAGCCCCUUUUUUACACCAUCAACCUCAUCAUCCCGUGCGUGCUCAUCACCUCGCUGGCCAUUCUGGUCUUCUACCUGCCGUCCGACUGCGGCGAGAAGAUGACGCUGUGCAUUUCCGUGCUCCUGGCGCUCACCGUCUUCCUGCUGCUUAUCUCCAAGAUCGUGCCGCCCACGUCCCUGGAUGUCCCCCUCGUGGGCAAGUACCUGAUGUUCACCAUGGUCUUGGUGACCUUUUCCAUCGUCACCAGCGUGUGCGUGCUCAACGUGCACCACCGCUCGCCCACCACGCACACCAUGCCCCCGUGGGUCAAGGUCGUCUUCCUCAACAAGCUACCCGCCUUGCUCUUCAUGCGCCAGCCCAGGAACAGCUGCGAGAGGCAGCGGCUCCGCCAGAGACGGAGAGCCCAGGAGCGGAUGGAGGGCGGGCGCGGCGGGGAGGCGGGGGCCCUGAUGGUGGGACUCGGCUUGGGCGGCGGCACGGGGACGGCGGGGGGGACUUCAACGGGAGUCUUUGCCAAGGAGGACGGUGACCCUUGCACCUGCUAUGUCAACAGAGCGUCUGUCAAACAGUUUGGAGGGGAUCUGGCGAGCACGGGAGGGGGUUCCGUGGACGGUCUGAAUAGAAUGAGAGAGAACCGGGAGGGGGGCGGUUCUGGGAACCGUGCCAAGCAAACGGCGGGAGGUCAGGCCAUCCUGGCUCAAGCCUGUCCGGGUUUCGAGGAGGCUGUGGAAGGGGUGCGCUUCAUCGCCAAUCACAUGAAGUGCGAGGAUGAUGACCAGAGUGUGAGCGAGGACUGGAAGUACGUCGCCAUGGUGAUCGAUCGCCUCUUCCUGUGGAUCUUUGUGUUUGUGUGCGUGUUCGGCACCUUGGGUAUGUUCAUGCAGCCCCUCUUCCAGAACUACACAGCCAAGACCAUCCACAUGCCGGGCUGACCGUCCACACGCUACCAUCACGUUGACGGGACAGCUCCCCGCCGCCCUGUAAAGUGGGAGGGGGGGCGGACCUGAGGGACAGGAUGUGAACACCAGUUUUGGCCCCGUUAUAGAUGUUUUUUUUUUUUUUUGGGGGGGGCAACUUUUUUUUCUUGUGAGAGAAAGGGGAAAAAGGCUCUUCUUCCCUUAGCAGACCGACUCUGCCCGCUCGCCCUCAGUUCUCGCCACCUCACCGCGACCGCUUCAACGGCUCGUGAACCCUCCACCCCCUCGCCUCCUCCCCCACCGGCCGUCAGGUCACAAGGCGGGAAGGAGAUCCGAGCAUAUCACGGCUUGUCCAUUUCGAAUUUGACCACCAUGAAAUGACAUUGUAUGUUCUUAUCAGUGCACGACAGAUGAACUCAAGCGACCGAUAGGCUCUAACGAAUGUGAA